UUGACAGUUGAACGCUUUCUGUGAAACAACAAACGAAGAAGAGAAGGAGCCAAUCAGAUCAGCAAAGGACAUAUGUCCAGGCAUGUUCUGGUUCUGCCUGCUGCCCGACUGUGCACGUGCUAGCUACCUCAAAAGGUAAUACAGAAGUAAUGAAAUUUGUUCAAAUGCCUCAAAAGAAAAUGACUGCAAUGCCGGUUUCAUUUGUUGAUGAUGGCAGAGGCGUCAAAAAGGAAUAAAGCUGCCUCGUGGGGGCUUUUAAGCAACUACAGAUAUUUGUGCAAAAAAUCGAUGAUGCUUUGUGCCAUGGAGAACGCAAGAUCUAGGAAAAAAUGCCAGCAGAAGAUAAUCAUUGCCAACAUGAAAAGGAAAACGACCGAAAACCACAAUGAACCACUGGAUAAAAAUAAACUGGUCAAAAAAACAAAAUUUAACACUACUAACCAGGAAAGUCAAAUCAGUCUGGACUCUGAAAGGAAGAGCACUCAUGUAUCUGGACGUGAACACCUUGAGCCUAAAGCUUCUGAGCACCACAGUUUAGUCACAGCCCUCAAAGACAUUUGGGAGGUGGACAGUGGUUUCUCCUCUGAGACGAGUCCUCCGGUCAGUGGCCGCAGCUCGCCGUGCCUCAGCUUGUGCUCGAUCACAGUGGUGGCGUUGGACUGUGAGAUGGUUGGGACGGGGCCCGGCGGGCGCUGCAGUGAGCUGGCCCGCUGCAGCAUACUGGACUAUCAUGGCAACGUAUUGUAUGAUAAAUAUGUCCGACCAUGUCAGCCCGUCACAGACUACAGGACUCGCUGGAGUGGCAUCCGGAGGCAUCACUUGCACAACGCCAUGCCCUUUGCUCAGGCCAGGGAGGAGAUCCUCAGUAUACUUAAGGGCAAAGUGGUCGUCGGCCACUCCAUCUACAAUGACUUCGAGGUGUUGGACAUUGCCCAUCCAGGUCACAUGGUCAGGGACACCUGCACGACGCGUUACCUCAGCCGGUUGGCCGGUUUUUGUCGGGAACGCUGCCCCUCCCUAAAAAUUUUGGCCAGGAAGCUACUGAACAGGAGUAUUCAGGUGGGGAGGAGGGGUCACUGCUCGGUGGAGGACGCUCUGGCCGCCCUUGACCUCUACAAGCUGGUGGAGGGCGAGUGGGAGCAGGAGCUGCAGAACAAACUGAGGGGAGACGACGCUUCACAGGAGCCCAGCUUCGCCUCCUCAAACCACUACAUGCAGGAUGAGUACUGGCCAGAUGAUGUCAUAGCUGAAAGCCAAUGAGAGAAGGGUAUUAAUGAUGUGUGGGAAAUACCUAGACAGAUUUACAUUACAUGGGGAUGUACAGUCAUCAGAGCAGAUUCAGAUAACUAUAAAUAAUGUGAAUGUUAAACUGUUGAUGGCAAAUCAAGUCUGGAUUUAAUUCUAAUUUCAAAAUGGGUCAUUUUUGGUUAGAAUAUGUAAAAGAUUAUCUGCAUUGUCUUACAUGAGAAGAUGUACUCUACGACUAUUUGGGGAAACUAUUUCAUAGCUUGAAAUGAAUGCUAACUUAUUACUUUUAAACAAAAUGAUUAGAGUUCCCAACAGCAUAUUUUUUGCUGUGAUGCCAGAUAUUUGCCUGCAGAGUUGUAAUGUUGAUCAAUGUUGAUCUUGAUCAUGUUUGUAGGGUGACAUAUGUUGGUGCUCUUAAAGUUUUAUAUUAACUUAUGAAAAUAGUUUGGAGUUCUGGAACAGUAUUUGCUCUUACUUGAAAGGUAAAAUUUAACUUAUUGGACAUGAAACUGAUCUUAGGCCACAGAUAUUGGUAUUUUGGAAAACUAUUCAGUUUUUUAAAAUGUCCAUAUGAAAACAUAGAAAUGUGGCGGCUGAACGUACUCAAGUUACAGAUUUUAAAAUGUUUUUCACUGUAUAAAACGAAUAUAGUCAAAACAUUUUUAAAAAUUAGUUUAAACUGUAUGUUCAGGUUCAAACUAAUACUCCAUGUACUGUAUAUGUGGCCUUAAAGGUUUUAUAAUGUGACAAUUCUAAAUUUGUAAUAGUGUUAUCUUUACCUCUCAUAAGCUGCUCCUAAAUGUCCUAAUAAAUGACAUCCUAUUCAAAUG